AUGUCACAACCUCUUACUCCUUUCUCUCAAAUUAAUUUCGUUUUAUAAUUAUACUAUUGAACAUAUUGGAAAAUAUUUUAAUUAAAAUUGUUUAUAUUUAUUUUUCAAUAGUAUAGCCAAAACCUCCUUUUGGCUCGGGCUAUACCAACGUCUUCUAACUCCCCAGAUAAUAAACCACCGUAUAUUAGAUUUCCUAUCUGGGUUUUACCAAUAAAUGCUGGUAAAACAACACUCUUCAAUGUCAGGAGACAUUGGUAUAGUCCGAGUCAAAAGGAGAAUCAAGUUAUAUUCGAUUAAUUUAUUAAUUAUUAAGGAGAACUAGAAGAACAAGCUCCUCGUUUAUCAUCGGGUUCCAACAACUCAAGGACCAAAUCGAGAUAAAAGAGCACGCUGAAAGAAUCGCUAAUGAAGAGAACCUUAAAAAAGGCAUUACAAAGAAACCCAAAGAGACCAAAGGAAAAGACAAGCAAGACGACGCAAUAAAAAAUACUGAAGCUUUUCGUGAUAUGGUUGAGCACAAAAUACCCCUAGAAGAGCUUUCAAGGAACCUAGAAACCGAUCUUGACCGUGGCCUACCAGAAGAAAUAGCUCGUAAUAAGCUCAAAGUCUUUGGUGAAAAUAAGCUAACAGAAAAGGUAGGAAUGCCAUGGUAUAUACAUUUUAUAAAGUGUCUAACUGGAUUUUUCUCACUUCUACUAUGGGCUGGAGCCAUUUUGUGUUUUAUUACUUAUGGCAUUUCUCAAGCUGAUCCAUCUAACUUAUAUUUGGCUAUUGCUCUUGUUGUUGUGGUUCUUGUUACUGGCUGUUUUGGCUUUUAUCAAGAAUCCAAGUCAGCGGCAAUUAUGGCAGGCUUUAAAAAUAUGAUUCCUCCUAAAUGCUUAGCUAUAAGAGAUGGCAGUCAAAGAGAAAUGGAGUCACAGAAACUUGUCCCAGGAGAUAUAGUAUUUGUAAAGCAAGGCAAUAAAAUUCCAGCAGAUAUCAGAAUUUUGACAGCUAAUAAUAUGAAAGUUGAUAACUCUUCUUUAACUGGUGAGAGUGAGCCUUUAGCAAGAACUGAUAAAUGCACUAAUGAAAAAAAUCCACUUGAAACUGAAAACUUACUCCCUCUAUGAGCAAGCAAAAACAUUGGAAAAAUCCCCUAUUUUUUUUGAUAAAAACCUUCUUGAGCUAACAAAAAAAAUAUAUUUUAUCGUUAUUUGCAGAUAUUGAACUUUACCACCUAAGUGUGGAAUUUUUUUCGCGUGUGAAAAGGUGAUUUCACAUGUGGAAUCCUCUUUUCACACGCGGAAAAAAUUCCACACUUAGGUGGUAAAGUUCAAAAAUCUGCAAAUAACGAUAAUAUAUAUAAGGAUAACUAUUAUAAUGAAAUCUCUAGCUAAUUUUGUUUAACUUGCGUUUUAAAACAUAAAUUUUACUAAUUUUUGCGAGUUGGGAUUUUUUAAAAUUUUAAAAACCAUUCACUUAUAAAAUUUAUAUAUAAAUUUUAACCCCCUUGAGGGAAUUAGCAUUUUUUGGAACAAUGUGCAGCUCAGGAGAAGCAAAAGGAGUAGUAGUUAACACUGGUGAUAAAACUGUGAUGGGAAGAAUUGCCAAGCUAGCUUUUUCAACAGAAAAUGAGCAAACAACUCUAGGUAGAGAAAUUGAAUUUUUCGUGAAAGUAAUAAGCGUUAUAUCACUUUCUAUGGGAGUCAUUUUCUUUGCAUUAGGCUUCAGCUUUGGAUAUGACAUAGUAACUAAUGUCAUCAAUGCAAUUGGUGUUAUCGUUGCAAAUGUUCCUGAAGGACUUUUAGCAGAAGUUACUGUAGCUCUUUCACUAACCGCCAAAAGGAUGUCAGAAAAAAAUGUCCUCGUGAAAAAUCUUGAAUGCGUUGAAACUUUAGGAUCAGUCACAUGUGUAUGCUCUGAUAAAACGGGAACUUUGACUGAAAACAAAAUGAGAGUUGUCAGUAUUUGGUAUGAUAAUAAAAUUAGAGAUGUGAAUAACUAUGAAGAAAAAAAUACUGGGGUUACUUUAGGCUAUAACAUUGAAGAUCCAGCUUUUGAAAUGAUGCAGAGAUGCGCCAUUUUGAAUAGCAAAGCCCAGUUUUCGACUGAACCUCCAGAAGAAGUUUUGACUGAUAAAAAAGGAAAUCCGCUGCCCCAAAACGAAAUCGAAGCAGCUAAAGAAAAGUAUAGGACUGAGCUAGCUCAAAAAUCAAUUCAAGUAUGGCCAACAUUUGGAGGAGAUGCGUCAGAAAUUGCACUUAUUAAAUUUUUCCACCCUAUACAGAAUAUUGUAGAAAUGAGGAAAACCUAUCCUGUUCUAGUAAGAGAUGGCGUAAAAGGUGAAAUCCCAUUCAACUCAGCCAAUAAAUAUGCAGUAACACUUCACGAGCCAGCUGAUUGGAAUCCUAAAGAUCACAAAAAAGAUUGCAUAUUAUUUAUGAAGGGGGCCCCUGAGCAAUUAUGGGAAAGAUGCUCAACUAUUUAUUCUAAUGGAACUGCAUCUCCUAUUACUGAAGACGUGAAAGCACAGUUUGCAGCAGCAAACAAGCACUUUGGAAGCAGAGGUCAAAGAGUUUUAGGAUUUGCUUAUAUGUGGCUUGACCAUAAUGAGUACCCUAAAGAUUAUGUUUUUGAUCCAAAUAAGAAAAGAUAUGAAUAAAAUGGUACUCAAAAUAAAUUUUCUCCGAAAAAUUGCUCCUUUGGCGAUUUGGUUUUCCUGGUGCACCUUAACUAAGCAACAUCAGAACAGCUCAGUGUAUAGGCUGGAGUGCCUGAUCCUUGUUUUAGGAUAGAUAGGAUUUUUAUCCCAUAGCAUAAAAAAUGGCUAUAUCAAAGCUGUAGUUAAAGGGACGGGCUUAGACCCGAAGACAGCACGUAAAACACUAAGCAAUUAAGGUAAAUAAGAUCCAAAUAAGAAAGAGGGACCGAAUUUCCCUCUUCGCGGACUUACUUUUAUCGGUUUGACUGCUUUGAUGGAUCCACCAAGAAAAGGUGUAAAAGAAGCCGUCAUUUCAGCUCAUGAAGCAGGGGUCAAAGUUAUUAUGGUUACUGGAGAUCAACCUCUUACAGCCGCAGCAAUUGCAAGACAAGUACACAUCAUUACGCAAGCCAAAACUGUAAAUGACUAUGUUGAAGAAGGUAUGGAUUGGGAAAAAGCUUUGGAAUUAAGCGACGCUAUUGUGAUCCACGGAGAUAUGCUCACAAAAGCCCAUGCAGAAGAUGCUGAACUCCCUUUCAAUGAGCAAAGAAUUGCAAAAUGGUUGAGUAAAAAAGAAAUCGUUUUUGCAAGGACUUCUCCUGCUCAAAAAUAUUUAAUUGUUGACGCCAAUCAGAAACUCAAACAAAUUGUUGCUGUUACUGGUGAUGGUGUAAAUGAUAGUCCAGCCAUUAAAAAGGCUGACAUUGGAAUUGCUAUGGGAAUUGUAGGAAGUGACGCUGCAAAAGAUGCUGCCGAUAUGCUACUUAUUGAUGACAACUUUGCGUCCAUUAUUCAAGGAAUUGAGCAGGGCCGUGUCAUUUUUGAUAAUCUUAAAAGAACUAUCGCAUACGUUUUAGCUUCAAAUAUCCCUGAAAUUAUUCCGUUUUUGGCCGCAGUUAUUUUCCAGUUACCUUUGCCUUUAACCACUAUUUUGAUGCUUUGCGUUUGUAUUGGAACCGACGUUGUUCCAGCUGUUGCUCUAGCUUAUGAAGAGCCUGAGCUUGAUAUCAUGAAGAGAAAGCCAAGAAACGCUGAAACUGAUCAUUUAAUGUCGUUUCAGCUCCUUUUCUUUGCUUAUAUGCAAAUUGGAGAAAUAUUAACAUUAGGAGGAAUGAUGGAAUAUUUAGUAAUUCUCUAUGACUUUGGAUUCAAGCCACAAGUCUUAUGGUUCUUUUAUAUUGCUGAUUCAGGCUGCAGACCUGACGAGCAUGAUAUUUAUGAUCCAGAUAUCCAUUCAAAAGGAAACUCUCAUAUAGGAGAUGAUAGCUACUGUGGCGACACGGUGAAUUAUCUAACAAAUAGUGAUGGAAAAUAUGAUUUGAGAAUUUGGUUUUAUAAUUACGGCCAUGAUAGCUGGUCUGAUUGCAAGUAUCCAGGCUGGACAUCUCCUAUAACUAACCAUGAAGUUUGCUACACUAGUGAAGCUGUGCAUUAUGCACAAUGUGGCUGGUUUGUGGGGCUGGUUUGCGGCCAAUAUGCAAAUUUACAAAUAGUCAGGACAAGAGAAAAAAGUAUAAUUGAUAGAGGAUUCUCAAACUGGGUGCUUAACUUUUCACUUGCGUUCGAAACUUUGUUCACGUUGCUAAUUUGCUAUGUCCCUGGGCUAAAUGAGGCAUUGGGAGGAAGACCUUUGUUAACCUUGCAUUAUGGAUUCCCUGCAGCUCCUGCGUUUAUCAUUCUUGUGUUAUAUGACGAAAUUCGAAAAUAUUUGUUAAGAAAAGAGAUGAUAAAAAACAAAGGAAGGGGUAUAAAGGGAUGGAUAGAAGCUAAUACAUUUUAUUAA